AUGGACUUCGACAGAGUUUCCUGGGUCCUUACCUUAGGCAAUGUCGUUAUUUUGAUGUUGACACACAAUUGGUACCUUCUAAACUGCGGUCUACUCUUCACGGCCAUGCCAGAUAGACCAGAGUGAGUUUUCUAAGCUAGUCCUGACAAAUUGUCUGCUUUUUCAGCGGUGUAACGGAUCAAGAAUGGGAGAAGCAAGUCCAGAUAAAGAAAAAUUCAGAGUCCUGGGGAGUGUUCAAGCUCGCAUGGUUUCUCUUGCUGUCACCCUUCUACAUGAAACUCCUUGUUCGAUUUAUCCCCAAUCCAGAUGAGGAACUCUACGAGGAAAUCGACGACGAAGAAGAAGAAGAAGAAGAAGAACAAGAAAUCUAA